GAGUUGGUGGAGAGUUGGUGGGUUCAGCAUUUUCCAGAUCAACUUUCAGGGAUCAGGAAAGUUGGUACUGACGCUGGAGCUACAUACAAUCUAGAAACCAGACCUGAACUUACAAGACAGCAUUCUCUCUGACGACGAAGAGAAGGAACGAUGGAAGGCUGGGACACGUCCACAAAAGCAGUCGUGCAAAAGAUCCCCUUGCUGACGGUGAAAGCUGGUCCGAGAGACGGUGAAGAUUGGAAGAAGCGCUUGAAAGAGGAGUAUCAGGCGCUCAUCGCCUACAUGCAAAUGAACAAGGCCAACGACAAUGACUGGUUCCGAAUCAGCGCCGCUAACCCCGAGGGCACCAAAUGGAAGGGGAAAUGCUGGUACAUCCACAAUCUGCUCAAGUACGAGUUUGACCUCCAGUUUGACAUUCCCGCAACGUACCCCGCUACCGCCCCAGAGCUCGAGCUUCCAGAGCUAGACGGAAAGACCGCCAAGAUGUACCGAGGAGGCAAGAUUUGCCUGACCAUCCACUUCAAACCGCUGUGGGCGAAGAACGUGCCUCACUUCGGCGUCGCCCAUGCACUAUGUUUAGGGAUGGGGCCAUGGCUGGCUGCCGAGAUCCCGCAUCUCGUCGAGACGGGCAUGAUACAGCAUAAAGAUAACACCGCAAAGGCAACCCCCCCCACGUGAUUGAAACCUUCCCUGUUGAGCCGCUUGAAGCAGAUUGUUCUUCCUUCCAAUUUGUUGUACAUACACGAACGAGUUGGAACGACUUCAAUACCUAUUAGGUGCCGGGUAAACUCGGCCGGAUAUUGGCUCUCUAGGAGCAGCUCUCAAGCUCCCGGGCGUGCUGAGAAAGGCAAGGCGUGUUUGAGCAUUCAAAGAACAGCAUUGUAAGACGGUCGACAACGUCACGCAGAAUCGUUGCGAAACUCAUUGCAGCUCUGAUGAAGGCGGCGAAGCCAUAUGAACCUGUCAGCUAUACGGGUGUCAACCAAGACGGUAUAGAAUAUUACUCGGAACUAUCCAUGGUCGGAAUGCACAAGUCGGUAGACUCCGAUCACAGGCUGGCCACCUUAAGAUAUCCAAGAUCAUGG